CUCUGUCACGUGGCUGCUUCCUGGAAGAUACCUUUAUCUUUCUCAAAUUAAUUAUCUACCUACUCAAAUUAAUAAGGUGAGUGCUAAUUUCCAGCAUCAAAUCAAUUGAAUUUGGUGGAACUUUCAUUUUUCUUUAUCAUCUUCACAUUUCUUCUCUUUCGAUCAUUUCUGAAUACUUUCACUCACGAACCUCUUGGAAGCCACAUCCUUUGAUUUCGUCGAUUUGCGCCUUACUUGCCCUGUUACUAUCUCUCUUUUACUUUCUUUAUUUCAGCUUUCUUUAUGCCCAAUUUCUGGUUUUUUUUUUUUGAAAAAAAGAAUUUCUGUUUCAAUAUUAUUUCUGAUUUCUUCCCAAAAAAAAAAAACCUUCUUUCAUUCGGCUAUUUCUCAAUUACCAGAAAAAAAUCCGUUUCUCUAAUUUAUUUUUAAUUUCGGCAGUUGUAUUUUAAUUAUUUUCAUUUUCUUUACUUCUGUUUUUCAAACCUGAAAAAAGUUUUAAAAAAUGGUUGAUGUUGCCGGGAGUAUUGGGGGUGUGGUGAGUCCUGUUCUCGAAGUUUGCAACUGGUUGGCUGCUCCGACUUUGCGUCAAUUUAAGUACUUGUUCAACUGCACUACCAAUUUCAAAAAUCUCGAAGAGGAAGUUAAGAAGCUGGAGUAUGCAAGAGAUGAAGUUCAGCGUAAGGUUACUGCUGCUGAAAGAAAUGUUGAAGAGGUUAAACAGAAUGUUAAGGACUGGCAGAAAGAUGUGGAGAAGACCAUUACUGAAGCAGAGCAGUUGAUUCAAGCGAAAGCAAACAAACCUCGAUGUUUCGAGGGAUUGUGCCCGAACUUCAUCAUUCACUACAAACAAAGCAGGAAAGCUUUUGAAUUGAAGCGGAAUGAUAUUGAUCCACUCCUCCAGCAAGAAAAGGAAUUGAGUCCAGUUUCCUAUCAGACUAAUCCACCAGAGAUCUGGCUUAGAUCAAAUGAAAAUUAUUUGGCUUUUGAAUCAAGAAACUCCACUGUAAAGAAUGUAUGGGAUGCUUUAAAUGAUGAGAAUGUGUACAUGAUUGGUAUUUAUGGGAUGGGUGGUCUUGGGAAGACCACGCUUGUGGAGGAAAUUGGUAGGAAAGCUGAGAAGGAUAAGCUCUUUGAGGACAUUGUUUUUGUUGAGGUUUCAGAAUCUCCUGAUGUACAGAAGAUUCAGACAACAAUUGCAAACAAAUUGGGUCUAAAAUUUGAAAACGAAAGUGAAAUGGCAGAUAAGAUAUAUUCAAGAAUGAAGGACAAUAAUAUCCUUUUAAUUCUAGAUAAUAUUUGGAAACCUCUAGAACUUGAUAAGACGGUAGGAAUUCCUUGCAGAGCUGACCGUGGAAGAAAUAAACUUUUGUUCACAACAAGAAACUUAGAUGUGUUGGAGAGAAUGGGUUCUACAAAUAAUUUCGGGAUGGGCAUUUUAAAUGAAGAAGAAGCUUGGACUCUAUUCACCAAAAUGACAGGUAAUAUUAUUCAAACACACGAAUUACUUUCUUUACCCAAUGAUGUAUGCAAGGAAUGCGGGGGAUUACCUAUUAUCAUUUGUUCAAUAGCAAAAGCAUUAAAAAACAAAAGUCAACCAUUUGAUUGGGAAGUUGCAUUGCAAGAACUAAAAGCACCUUCACCAACAGAGUUCUCAAGAUUCCUAGAAGAGCAAUACAUGAAGAUUGCCUUAAGUUACAAGUAUUUAAGUGAUGAACUUAAGAAAACUUUUUUAAUUUCUAGUCUAAUGAAAAAUAAUGCUUCCAUUUCAGAUUUGUUCAAACAUGUUGUGUGUUUGGAUAUACUAAAAGGAGCUAAUUUGACAAUAAAAGACGCACGAAAUAGACUAGAUAAAUUGAUUCGUGAGCUCAAAGAUGCUUGUUUGUUACUCAAUGGGUACAAAAGUGGACAAUUUGCUAUGCAUGAUGUUAUUCGUGUUGUUGCCUUAACAAUUGCAUAUGUGGAUCACCAUGUGUUUACAACAAGAAAUGAUGUUGAACGAGAUUGGAAGGACAAAGACAAACUCAAGAAAUGCACAAAAAUCUCCCUACCUAGUAAUAGUAAUAUUAUUAGUCAACUUUGGCCUAACUAUUUGGACUGUCCAAAUCUUGAAUAUUUCUAUAUGACCAAUAUGUGGAACUCUUCUUUCGAAAUCCCUGAGGACUUCUUUGCAGUGAUGCCAAAACUUAAAGUGUUGAAUUUGGUUAGACUACAACAAUCAUUAUUGCCAUCAUCAAUUGGUCUUUUGACAAACCUUCAAACAUUGUGUUUAGAUAAUAGCAAAAUUAAAGAUGUUGUUAUUGGAAAGCUUAAGAAUCUAAAGGUCCUUAGCUUGCGAGGUUCUUAUAUUAAGGAGUUUCCUACGGAAUUAACUCAACUAAGGUUGUUAGAUUUGAGCUACUGUAGACAACUGGAAGUUAUAGCUCCAAAUGUAAUAUCAAAAUUAUCCCAAUUGGAGGAACUAUAUUUAAAGGGAUGUUCUAUCCAGUGGAAGAUUGAAGUACUUAAGGAAUUGAAGCUUUUGUCUAAACUCACCAGUUUAGAAUUGGAUAUUGAAGAUGGCAAGGUUUUGCCUAAAUACUUCUUUUCUAGAGAGCUCAUAAGGUAUGAUAUAUCAGUGGGAAAUUGGUUGUUCCAAUUUCCAAAAAUUGGUGAACAUGAGCAUUUGAGGAUAUUGGAAUUGAUAAUCAAUCCUACCAUCUACUUGGAAGAAUUAUGUGGAAUCAAGAAUGCGGAACUAUUAUGCUUAGCUGAAUAUUUAGAUGAUAAGGACAAGGACGAUCUUGAGCAUUCAAAAUUCAAUUUGCAGUCCAAUGAAAUCACACCUCUUUUUAACAAAAAGGUUAUCUUUCCUGAUUUGAUGACCCUGGUUUUGAAGAAUAUUAUUUCUAGAAAGAUUUGGGAUAGCCAACUUCCAUCUUCCUCCUUUCAAAAUUUGAAACAAUUGAUAUUGUGGAAAUGUACAAAGAUAAAAUUCGUGUUUCCUUAUACCAUAACCAAAAACCUCCAACAACUCCAAUACCUAGAGAUAAAAGAUUGUAUUGAUUUAGAGGAAAUUGUUGCUACAGAAGAAAUAACAGAAGCAGUUGCCAGUUUUGUCUUUCCUCAAGCAACCUUUUUGAAGCUUGAAAAUCUACCAGAACUUGCAACUUUUUAUCCUGGAAUACAUACUUUGGAAUGGCCAAAGUUGAAAAAAUUGCUGGUGAAAGAUUGUGACAGAUUGAAGAUGUUCAAUUCAGAGCCAAAAUCUUUGUGCUUGGACCAUAAGAUCAACCAUGAUUUGGAGGUAUUGAAAUUAAAGACCAAGAGCACAAUGAUUAGUUGGAGUCGUCAAUCUAAAGCUACUGAAAUCUCAUUUGAUAAGUCAACAAAUAUUCCACUUCAACUCCUUCAAUUUGGAAGUGUGGAAAAGCUCCAACUACAUGACUGUGAAUACAAAGAUAUUAAGAGUGUAUCUGAUCUUCCAAAUCUUAAUGUUCUACAUGUAUGGAAGUGUAGCAAAAUGGUGAGUCUAGUCCCAUCAUCGACUUCUUUGCAGAAUCUCAAAGUUCUCGAGGUUAUCUUCCCUGAUUUAAAAGUCUUGAAAUUGAAGAAUAUUAGUCCAGAAAAUAUUUGGGACAACCAAUUUUUAACUUCUUCUUAUCAAAAUUUGACACACUUAUCCUUAUAUAGAUGUUAUAAAAUAAAAUAUGAUCCUUUGUCAAUAGCCAAAAGCCUCCAACAACUCCAAUACCUUGAGUUGAUGAGUUGUAAGGAUUUAGAGAGAAUUGUUACACCAGAAGAAGGAACAGAAGCAGCUAUCAAUCUUUCCUUUCCUCAAGUAAUCAAAGUGAAGCUUCAGUAUCUACCAAAGUUUACAAAUUUCUAUCCUGAAAUACAUACUUCAACAUGGCCAAAAUUGAAAGAGUUGGUGGUCGAAGGAUGUCGUAAAUUUAAGAUGUUCACUUUAGAGCCAAAUUUCUUGUGCUUUGACCAAAAGAUCAACCAUGAUUUGGAGAUAUUUCAAUUAAAGGAUGGUGAUGAAGAGAUUGGUUGGCGGAGUCAAUCUAAAUGUCUUAAAAUCUCCUAUUAUAAGUUAGCGCCUAUUCCACUUUGGCUCCUUCAAAGAUUUCAAAAUCUUACAUGUCUUUUUGUUAAUGGUUGUCGUGAGUUGGUUAACUUAACAACACCUUCAAUGGCUAUAAGUUUGGUGCAGUUGAGAGAAUUGAAGAUAUCAAAUUGUGAAAUGUUGAUGGAAAUAUUAGAAAUUGGGGAAGAUGAAACAACUGAAAUUGUUUUUGAGAAUUUGAACAAGCUGUCAUUUGAUAGUAUAAAAAGUCUCAUAUGUUUUUGCUCUGGGAAUCACACUUUCAGUUUCCCAUCAUUGGAAGAGUUAAAUGUAAAAAGAUGUCCCAAUAUGAAAACCUUCUGUAGAGGAAUCUUGAGCACUCCAAAGUUACAUAAAAUCAAUUAUUGGGGCAUGGAAGUAGAGAAUGAAGGGAAUGAUCUUAAUAAAACCAUACAAGGAUUAUAUAAAAAGAAAAACGAGGACAUCUCUCUUGAUUUGAAUUUCAAGUGCAAGGUAUUCCAUCGUGAUAAUUCUACAGAGAUUAGCUACAACCACCAUCCGACUUCCUUCUAUCAAAAUUUGACACACUUGUUCUUGUGGGAAUGUGGAAACAUAAAAUAUGUGUUUCCAUCUUCCAUUGCCAAAAGCCUCCACCUACUACAACAACUAAAGAUUCAAAAUUGCAAGGUUUUAGAGGAGAUUGUUGCAAAAGAAGAAGGAGCAAAUGCAGUUGUCAAUUUUGUCUUUCCAAAUAUAACCUUAUUGAAGCUUGAAGAUCUACCAGAACUUACAGCCUUCUACCCUGGAAUAUAUACUUUAGAAAUGCCAAAGUUGAAAGAGUUGGAGGUGAGGUGUUGCACCAACUACUUGAGCUUUAAAGAAAACAAUGCGGAGACUGAGCAUGCUAUUUUAGAUCUAAAAUCUAUCUUCCUGAACAAUGUGAUUAACUUCAAUUUGGAGGUAUUUAAAUUAUAUGAUGGUGAGACAAAUAUCAGCUGGCGGAGUCAAUCUAAAACUCUUACAAUCAAUAAUGAUAACUCUACAUAUAUUCCACUUCGACUCCUUCAAAGAUUUGAAAAUGUGAGAGAGCUCCGACUAUUUUCAAAUCAAUACAAAGACAUUAAGAGCCCAUAUGAUCUUCUAAAUCUUGAAGUUCUGGAUGUAUAUUUCCAUAACAGAUUGAUGAGUCUAGUGCCAUUCUCAGCUUUUUUUCAGAAUCUUAAAGUUCUGAAGGUAAAUUCAUGCCACGGAUUAAUGAAGUUAAUUACACCUUCAAUGGUUGGAAGUUUGGUGCAGUUGAGAGAACUAAGCAUAUCAUUAUGUAAAAUGUUGAUUGAAAUCAUAGAAAAUGAAGGAGAUGCAACAAGUACUGAAAUUGUUUUUCACAAUUUAAACAAGUUGUCACUUGGAUGGUUAAAAAGUCUCACAUGUUUUUGCUCUGGGAAUUACUCUUUUAGUUUUCCAUCUCUAGAAGAGUUAAAGAUUGAUAAUUGCCUCAAUUUAAAGAUUUUUUGUCAAGGAAGCUUACGCAUACCAAAGUUAGACAGAGUCAUUUACAAGUUUAAAUAUGAGAAUGUGACAGAGGUAGAGCUCAGGGAUAAUGACUUGAAUACAACUAUACAACAAGAACACAAAAAACAGGUGUUCAAGGAGCUAGUGGAAUGAAGGAUUUGGAUAUAAACCAAGUAUUGUCAGGAGGAGGAGAAGAGGACUGGAACCUGAUGACAGGCAUGUAAGAUGAAGAAGAAAGCAGCAAUGGAUGUCCUCCGAGGAAGAAGCUCCGUCUCUCCAAAGAAUAAUCUCGUCUUCUCAAAGAAAGUUUCAGGCAAAACCAUACCCCGUUAUAACUUCACCCUUCUCUCUUUUUUCUUUCUUUCUUUAACUCAAACUCAAUUUUGUCUUUGUUUU